AUGUCUCAGUACGCCACGAUGCAGACACUUGUCCUGUACGACACCCUCUCCAACCUACCAGGCAAUAACUUUUCACCCAACCCCGCAAAGCCGAGGUUCGUUUUGAACUACAAGGGUCUUCCAUUCGUGACCGUCUGGGUCGAAUACUCAGACAUCUCGAUCGCUAUGAAGGCCAUCGGUGCAAAGUCAAACAAACGCUCAGACGGCUCGGAAUUUUGCACCGUUCCCGUCCUCAACGACCCCAACACCGGCGCCCUCAUCAGUGACUCCCUCGAAAUCGCCUCCUACCUCGAGAAGACAUAUCCUGAGAAAGCCAUUUUCCCCAACAACUCAGAAUCCUCGAUACGCGAGUUCAACUCCGCCCAUACCAGACUCAUUCUACCUGCUGCAAAGUCUCUCUUUGCGCGUUCCGCAGAAAUAUUGGGUCCCGCCAGUGCUAAGUUCUUCAUCAAAGUUCGUUCGAUAGACGUCCCGCUGCCUUGGGAUGCGACUUACGAUGAAGACUGGGCCCUACUAGAGAAGGGGUACAAUACUGCUUACGAAUGGUACCAGAAGACAGACGGGAAGUGGUACAUGGGCGAUACUUUUUCGUAUGCAGACAUCAUUGUAGCUUGUUAUUUGCUGUGGUUCAAACGAGUUUUGAAGGAGGAUGAGUGGGUCAGGAUCAGUUCUUGGAAUGGAGGGAAAUGGGCCCAAGUUCUCGCAGAUGUCGAGAAGGAGUGCGGAUUAGCGUAG